AUGUCGUCUACGUAUACGCACAACCAUAAAUCCGAGGGACAACCAUUAAUAUUCUCCGCAUACCCAACUCGCUUCGGCUCCUUAUCCUUCUCUUUUAUCUCUCGAUCUUUCCUUCACCGUUUUUCCACAAAUUUAUCCUCUAAUCUUUCUCCCAUACGUCUUGUCCUCCUUUUCUCGCCCAUAAUUAUCUUAUAUAUCCUUUAUGCAUAUGCCACCGCCGGUCCUUUUCUUCCUACCUCAUGUCAAUUAACUUCAUUUGGUUGCCCGGCUGUAUCUGUUCACGGAUAUGUUCGCCCGGAAUUUGAAAAUGUGAAACGGAUAUUUAUGGACAACUUCAAGAAUGGAGAUGAUAUUGGUGCUGGUGUGACAAUUUAUUUCAAAGGAGAAAAAGUUGUUGAUUUGCUUGGUGGUAUUAGAAAUUUGGACUCUCAACAAAAAUAUGACGAAGAUACUUUGCAACUGGUAUUUAGCAGUUCAAAGGUUAUGACUUCAUUAGUAGUAAGCCGUCUAGUAGAGCGCAAUAUUCUCUCCUACAACACAACAAUUUCAACCUACUGGCCUGAAUUCGGUCAAGGCAACAAGGAAAAUGUAACUUUAGGCGAUUUGAUGACACACCGAGCUGGAGUCUCAUUCAUAUCUCAUCACCGUAUGACAAUCAAAGACAUUUAUGAUCUCGACCAUCUUGCCCAAAUCCUCGCCGCUGAACCACACAAUUUCGAUGGCGUUCGUACUCGCGCUUAUCAUGCUGUUACCAGAGGCUGGUAUGUGAACGAAAUCGUAAGACGUGUAGAUGAGAAAAAUAGAACUGUUGGAGAGAUAUUCCAAGAAGAAAUUGCGAACGAAUAUGGGAUAGAUUUCUAUUACAAAUUGAGCGAAGAGAUGGAAGAAAGAGUUGCAACUAUUUACGAAUACCCCAUGUUAAGAGUACUUGCAAAAUUAUUGUUGCCCGACUGGGCUGUAUCCAUGUUCGGCACACCUUUGCAUAAAAUCUUUGGAGAUAUGUUGUCGGGUAACAGUGUCACCUUCAAAACAUUGGUACACACAGCACCCGAUCAAACUCAACCUGCUGCCUAUAACCGACGAGAAAUGCAUAUUGCCGAAGGACCCAGCUAUUCCGGAAUGACGAACGCCCGAUCAAUGGCCAAGAUCGCCGCUAUGUUUGCCAACCGUGGCCAACCAUUGCCUAACAGUAACGAAAAGCCUUUGGUUUCUAUUGACACUUAUAAUAUAUUGACACAAAGAUUACCCGAAGAAUACGAUGUCGUCCUUCACGAGAACAUGGUUGCUACCGCUGGUGGCCUUGGAUAUUUUAGGUUGGAGGGCCUCGAAGACGUCGAAUUCAUCGGUUGGGGUGGAAGCGGAGGAAGCAUGUUUAUAUGGAAUGAAGA